AUGGCUGUUGUGGCUGAAGACGAUGCUGUUGCGCUGUUUGACUACACGCAGACUGUGCCACACGCGCUCGAGUGCCCCAUCUGCCGGAGCCCGCUAGCGGACCCAGUGCAGACGCCGACAUGCCAACACCUGUUCUGCCGAGCCUGUCUCGCCCGCUCGCUCGCCCUCGCCCGGUCUUGCCCCAUCGACCGGUCUCCGCUCGACUCGGUUGACGACUGCGAGCCCGCACCGAGGGCCGUAAGGGAGUUGCUCGACAACUUGACCGUCAGGUGCUUGCUCAGAAACGGGGCAUGCGGGAAAGAGAUGCGCAGGGAUGAGUGGGACAGGCAUGCGUCCGUCUGCGGUCGGCGGGAUGAGAAGAGCGAGGCGGAGGCUGCCACAGUGGCGCCGACCGAGGAGAGGAGCAGUGGCGACGAGGCUGAGGACGCAGGGGCAACCCGCACGGAGCGCUGCGAGCUAUGCGACGUCGAGAUCUUGUCCUCCGAGAUGCCGGCUCACCUCACGACAUGCCCCUCGUCCCGCUGCCCCUGCACACACUGCUCGCUCAAUCUCCCUCUCUCUUCACACCCCUCUCACCUGCUUAAUUCCUGCCCCUCCGUCCCCCUUCCCUGCCCGCACGCCCAACACGGCUGUACCUACACCGGUCCUCGAACACAGCUCUACGACGACCAUCUCCCUACCGAGUGCGCUUACGAGCCGCUCAAGGACUAUCUCGAGCAGCAGGAUCGGAGGACGAGAGAGUUGGAGGGCGAGAACUGGGAGUUGAAGAAACGAGUGGGAGUGCUGGAGGGACGGUUGGAGAGCGUGGAGAGGCUCAUAGAGGGACUGCGGAAGGGGAUGGGCGAGUACUUCCCGGCGGACGACAAACCCUCUUCCUCGACUUCCUCAAAACCCUCGGCGUCAAUACCCUCUCCCUCAUUCUCGUCGACACUCUCAACCCUCUCUACCCAGUCCACAAACCUCUCCAGCACUCUCUCGUCCCUCUCGCACUCGCACCACCAACACCUCUCCACAACGCACCACCUAGUCGACGAACUUGCGGCGCUCCGAGCCGGUCUCGCAGGCGUACGGAUCCAGGUCGGGGGAGUGAUGAUGGAGAUGCAGCGUGUGGCUGCGAGCGGAGGCGGAGGCGGGAUGAUGCUUGGUCGACGAGCAGGCGAAGCAGAGGACGAAGUGGGCGAGGCGGGCGGUCCGGCGGGUACGAGCGGCCAGGGCGCAUCUUUCCCGCCGCCCUUCUUCCGUUCGAGAACUAUGCCCUACCCGCCUCCUCCGCAUGCACAGAUGUACGGCGGACCGCCUGGACUCGACUAUGCAGGAGGCAUGGGCGCGCAGGGUGCGAGGGGCGUGUAUGGGGGUAUGUAUGGGGUCGGAGCGGGAGCAGCGGGAAUGGGUCCGCUCAGUCCUGGAAUGGGCGGGGCUGGUGUGAAGCUGUAG